AUGGCGUGGAACAGCACCAAGACUAGUGAAUCUCCUACAUCCUCCUGCCCGAGCGGAUCUCCUUCGCCGGGAGAUAGCUUCGGAGCAGGGGCUGGCACCUUCGCCGAGUUCCUUGAGCAACGGCGGCAGUACGGCGGAUCCGUUGAUCUGCACGUACCCUCUGUGCUGCUGGCGCCCGCCGCAUGCGGGCACUGCGGGAAGCUGGAGGAUCUUAGGCGGGGUCGGAACACCGACAGCGACAGCGACCUAAGCGAUCACAGGAUGACGGUGCCGGACGCAUCGCUCGCCGAGCAGAUCACCUUCGAGGGGAGCUCCUGCUUCACGUGUGCCAAGGAGAUCUUCCUGGCGACCGACUGGAUCGACGGCGGCAAGGACCGCCACGACACACCACUGCACUACGCCGCCAGGUCCGGAAACCUCAGGAUGCUUUUCCACUUAAUUUGUCAGCUCGGCGACUUGUAUGGCCAUGAGUGGACGGUGCUAGUGGUGAGGAAGCUCAACGUUCAUGGCGAGACGGCCUUGCACGAGGCGGUCAGGCUGGGAACAAGCUCAAUGUGCAUGGUCGGGAUGCUCAUGUGGGUGGAUCCACACCUGGCGCUGCAUCAUGCAGCUCAUCUUCCUGGCAGCACCUCACCGCUGUACCUGGCUGUCUCCCUGGGGCACAAGGACAUGGCAGAGAUGUUGCACAACAAAAGUGGCGGCAACCUCUCUUACUCCGGCCCCCGUGGACAAAACGCACUGCAUGCCGCGGCUCACCGUCCAAACGGUAUGAUAGAAAUGCUACUAGCUUGGAACAAGGAUCUUAGCGAACAUAAGGACAAAAAUGACAGCACCCCUCUUCACUAUGUCGUUUCGGAGCAGUCUGAAGCUUCGACCAAUAUUAGUAUCAUGGAUGAGUUGGAGAAACAUGCAAUAUUGUGUGUACUUGAUGCUAACCCAUUUGCAGCAUAUCAGCAUGAUAAGAAUGGUCUGUUACCUGUACAUGUUGCUGCCUUGAUGGAUAGGAAAGUCGCCAUCCUUAUUCUCCUCGAAAGAUGCGGUGGUUGCAUCGCUCUUCCUGAUAAGAAGGGUAGAUCCUUUCUUCACAUUGCUGUCAGGAACAAGGUCUACCGUAUAGUAAAAUAUUCUUGUCAAGAAGAAGUUUUUGAGCCAAUACUGAACGCACGGGACAAUGAUGGCAACACUGCAUUACACCUAGCUGUGGAGGUUGAGGAUUUACACAUCUUCUGUUAUCUCUUGCGGAAUCCAAAAGUUUUAUUAAAUGUAAGAAACAACAAGGAUCAAACUCCGCUGGAUCUAGCAAGGAACAAGACUCUCACAGAUUUUUCCUAUGUACUGAAUCCGGAGAACGCAAUAUACAAGACACUCAGGGAUGUCGGAGCUAGGCAUGGCAGCUUCUUUCAAGACCAUGUUCAACAUCUCUGCAUUCAGAAUCAGUUGUCAAACCUAAAAGACGAAGAUAAUAAAUCAGAAGAAGUGGAUGAUUUGAAGAAGCAUAAGAAGAAAGAGGGUGAAGAGAAUCAAUCAGAAGAAGUGGAUGAGUUUGAGAAGCAUACCCAAAAAAAGGAUAAAAAGAAAAAAGAGGCGAAGCGUAAGAAAAAAGAGUAUGAAAAGAAAAAAGAUGCGGACCGUAAGAAAAAAGAGGAUGAAGAGAAAAAAGACUCUGAUCAGUUGACUGAUUCGACCCGGACACUUGGCCUUGGCUCGGUACUCAUCACAACGAUGACAUUCGGUGCAACAUUCACCGUACCUGCGGCAGUCAAAGCAGGCAACAGUAGCAACGGUGGCACUGCAAGACUUUUCAGUACCUGGCAUUUCAAUGGGUUCCUGGCCGUCAACACGUUUGCUUUCCUCUUCUCCUUGAUAGCUACAGUUGGCCUUAUGUUCUCCGGCAUGUCCAUGGUUAAACUGCAAGUCCGCCGAAAUUACUUCAGGUUAUCCGUGCUCUCUGCCUGGAUUUCGCUCACCUACUUGACUGUUGCAUUUGGCCUUGGCGUACGUACUGUGCUGGCUCCAGUAGGUGGCAUGGUUUCCAAUUUGAUACUCUUCCUGACUUCUCUUCCGCUGAUCUACCUUAAUUUAGAUUUUAUCAGCGAAAUGGGCCUUACUUACCGACCGUUGUCUGUCAGACGGGGCCAUAAAUUUGUAUGCCGGUUAUUUAUACCCCAUAUAGUUGGGAGGGGUCUAAUUCAGUUUUGGCCCUACAUAUAUAUCUUUUUGUGGGCAGCGGCAACUAAAUCUGUGCCUUGA